UCUUCCCAGUGGCCUUUGGGUGUGUAUAAAAGCCCAGGUGCUUUAUGAAUCCUCAGGAGCAGCGAAAGUGCAAUAUCACGCCUCGUACUGUACAUCACAGGAUCCAGACCUGACCUCCAAACAACCAUGCUGACCAGGAAUAUUCUCAUUUUCUGUGUGCUGACGGUGCUGCUGACUGAAGCCGACCUCGACGCAGUUGACGGGGCUCCACAAGCCAUUUCCACAGAUCAGGACUCCACCUCUGAUGAAGCUCCUACUGUUAUGUCCUUUAUGUUUAUCUUUACAGAGAGCAUGAACUCCCCCGUCUCCCCCGACCAGCCCAACGAUGAGCCUCAGACUAAUAACGGAGCCACAGCAGAAGCGAGCAGCUCCAGUGCAGAGGCGGGACAGGCCACCGGGCCUCAAGUUAAUGAUGUGACAACAGCUGAUGGAACCAAAUCCAGCACUGAAGAACAAGAGGAGAACGAGAGUCCGGAGUCGGAGGAGGCGGUGAAAGCCGCUCCGGUUCAGCGCAACACGAAGUCCAACAACCCUGCGCCGCGCAAACGCAGCAAACCCGUCGCCGCGUCCAAGAAGAGGACGCGGUCCUUCCGCCCGUGAGAUCGGCAGCGCUGCGGGAGGACGCAGACGCUACUACUGAUACCAAGCCAAGAGCACGAGGGCAGAAACACUGCUGUAUCCAGUGGCAUUUCCAUCUGUUCUGAUUAAAUAACCACGAAAUUAGGCCUGAUUCUGUUGGGAUGUACUGUAUUGGGUGUUGUUUCAUUGUUUGUUUGUUUGUUUGUUUGUCUGGUCACUCGUUUUGUGGUGCUGACAAUUUCAGGUCCAGAAGGUAAAACUCCGCCCCGGGAUUUCGGUUAGACUUGUUCGCUGCAGCCGAGCCGCCCAGGGCAGAAUGAAGUCUAGGUGAAAUCCCGGGGCGGAGUUUUACUUUCCGGACCGGAUCUGCCGUGGCACUCAGAGCAGACACAGCACAGUCUGAAGGGCAUUUCACCCUCGCGUCACAGAAUCCAAACCCAGACCACCCCUCCACCCCCUGACCGGACCCGACCCAUCCGCCCCGACCCGAACGCUCAGCAGGUCUCAGAGUCCCGCUCAGAUGCUCCGUUUCACUGGUGCUGGCUGCCCGAGGGCCGAGUGCCCAGAGCGGCCGUAGCUUUUAGAUAAAUAGAGAAAAAUAAAAAAGUAAUAAACCGCACAGUCUCGCUCUCAACUCAACAUCAGUGUUUCAAUCUAAAGUGUUUCUCUCUUGUUGUUGAUGACAUCGAUCACUUUUUAUACACGCAGUAUUUAACAAUGUUAAACAUCAUUUUCAUAUCAGAAUCAGAAUGUGUUAUCCUUAAACGUUUCUUUCUUUAUAUUGUACGUCCAAAUAAACUUCAUUGUAAACAAGACGUAA